GAUUCAACUGAAGAACGUUGUCCAAAGUGCUCACAUCCUUACGCAUAUUUUAUGCAAAUUCAAACGAGAUCAGCUGAUGAACCUAUGACCACGUUUUACAAAUGUUGCAACCAACAGUGUGGACACAAUUGGCGCGAAUAAAGCAUGAAAGAAUACUUGGAAGUAUAAGGACCAUAAUUAGAGUGAAUCAUCUACCUCCACUUUCAGUCAUCAUGCAUCAAGCCGGCAAUACUGUGAGUCAGUUAAAACCUUCUGCCAAGCAUUUUUACAUGGGUGGAACUCGAUGCUUUGGAGUUGCUGUAAAAUUAAUCCUAGAAGGGAAAAUAAUUGCAAUUCCUACAGACACAGUUUAUGGUCUAGCUACUCUAGCUCAGAAUACACAGUCAGUUAAAAAACUGUAUGAGCUUAAGGGACGUGAUGCGAAUAAACCUGUUGCUAUAUGUCUGAGUUGUGUUAAAGAAAUCAAACAUUGGGCUGAAUUGGACCAUUUACCACCUCCUCUUAUUGUAUCAUUGUUACCGGGACCAGUUACUGUUGUUUUAAAACGUAAACCAAAGUUAAAUGCAAAUUUGAAUCCAGGAAUUGAUACUGUUGGUAUAAGAGUACCACAAAGCAAAUUCAUUAGAACUUUAUGUCAAGCCGUAGGUCAACCUAUAGCACUUACAAGUGCUAAUUCAAGUGGUGAUCAAAGUAGUUUUCAUCCGGAUGAAUUUACUCAUUUAUGGCGCGAUUUAGGAGGAAUUUUCUACAGUAAUCCGGAUAAGCAAAAAACAAAAGAGUGUAGGAGAGUAGGUUCAACUAUUGUAGAUCUGAGUGAACAGAGUAAAUAUAAAAUAAUCCGAGAAGGUAUUGGCUAUGAGAAUACCUUAAGAUUGUUGCAUAAAUAUGGAUUACAAAAAAGAGAUGAAUAAAAAUGAAUAUUGUCUAUUGUGUAAUUGGAUGAAAAUAAUGUAAAAAUAAAAUAUUUAUAUUCUA